GGCAGCAACGUCUCUUCAAUUUCAGUAUGGACGCUUUUCAACUGUUAUGUCAAGGCGGAGUCCAAUUCGACAGACAGAAAUUCAAGAAGGAUAUAGAGUUAUUCAAGGCCCCUCAAAAGGAUACCGGAAAAAGUGUCUCUGUUGCGGGUGGUUCAGGGCUUCCUGCAGAACUCGAUUUUUUCAAAUACGCGAAGGGCGGGACAGGCAAGCGGAAAACUUCAGACGGCAGUGAUGAAGAGAAGAUAGAUGAUGGAGAAGGUCGGAAAGGAGAGGGUAAAAGGCGCAAGGUCGAUGACGAGGGAGAUGGAGAUGGAGAUGACGAAGAACAACAGAUGCCACGGCACCGCGUUACGACUAAAGGCUCGGACGUCCCAGAACAUAUCGAAGUAUUCGAAGCACUCCGUGAGCGUUAUCACACCCCUGGUCGUCUAUUAUCGAAUCUUUCCGACAACAAGUAUAAGCAUCCAACUGGUAUCCAAUCAUAUGGUAUACCAAUACUACUAGAGGGCCGAGAUCUUGCUGCUAUCUCACCCACUGGAACGGGUAAAACCCUGUCCUACCUUGUACCAAUUGUAUCAAGCCUGGGUAGACCCAUAUCCAGUGCUAAAAACGACCAAGGGCUCGGUGUUCGUGCUGUUAUCAUUGCACCCACACGAGAAUUAGCCCAUCAAAUUCACAACGAAUGUUUGAAGUUGACUGUCGGUCGAAAAUGGCGUGUUGUGCUUUUCAGCAAAGCUACAGCCAGUACUCUCGCUGACAAAACCGUACGAGAUAAAGUAGACAUUAUCGUCAGCACGCCACUUCGUUUGGUUGCUUCCCUCCAAGCAGGCAAUCUUAAUCUAAACAACGUUCGGCAUCUCGUUUUAGACGAAGCAGAUCGAUUAUUGGACCCAGAAUUUUUGUCGCAAGUUCAAGAAAUAGUUGCUGUGUGCACGUACCCGAACAUUCAAAAGGCAGUUUUUAGCGCUACGCUUCCCGCAGGUGUAGAAGCCCUUGCAAUGGGUAUGCUGCGCAAUCCUAUUCGCGUUGUGGUUGGCCUCAAGGACACACCCUUACCGCUAAUCGCACAGACGCUUACAUACGUCGCCGAUGACUCGUCGAAACUUCCCAGUCUCCUCACGUACUUCGCUCAGCCAUACAACCCCCCAGUACUAGUCUUUACAUCGACGCAGACUCGUGCCACAUCUCUCGCAGAAGAGUUGGUUAUGAAUGGGUUACCUAAUGUUGAUUGUCUUCAUGCGGGUAUGACCAACAAAGAACGAGAAGAUGCCAUUUCUCGGAUGCGUAAAGGCGAGAGCUGGAUUAUGAUCAGUACAGAAGUAAUGGCACGAGGAAUGGAUUUCAAAGGUAUAAGGGAAGUUAUCAAUUACGACUUCCCCACAAGUGUACAGAGUUACGUGCAUCGUAUUGGUCGUACUGGUAGAGCUGGUCGCGAAGGAAAAGCUGUGACGUACUUCACAGACGAAGAUGCACCGUUCCUGAAAUCUAUUGCAAAUGUGCUUCUUCAAUCCGGUUCCACUGUACCCGAUUGGAUACUUAAAAUGCCGAAGCCGUCCAAGCUGAAGAAAAAGCAGAUGGGUAAGGUGAAGCGUGCGGAGAUGGUGAAUACGGCUCGUAAAAUUGGACGAGGCGAUGCAAUAAAGAAAAGAGACAUGAUUUCGGGCUCGAAAAGACGAAAAGCGAAAGAAGAAGGGCUGAAGGGCAAUGUUUCUGCAGACUAAGACAGCGGCUAACCUGCUGUUUGUGAUUAUCUGCCAGUAUUUGAUGUAGCACAGAAUCGCCGUUUGACGUUAGGACCAGAUUUAUCCCAACAAUGGAAUUUCUAGUGCUGUCGUGUCA